AUACAUCCCCUAUAUACAGUAAUUAUCGCACAAAGCUCUCAUCAUUCCAACACAAAACACACACCAAAAACACAAAAACUCAAUCUCCAUCCCCCAUCCUCCAUCCACCAUGCGUUCAUACCGGAGCAUGGGACCCACCCACAUCGCCACCAACGUAACCACCGUGGACUGCCACAAACAAGUCCGAACGUGGCGGCUCCUCCGCACCAUCAUGGAACUUCUCAUCCCCACUUGCAAUUGUACUUUCGUCCAUACAACCGACGACCACCCCUCCUCAACUACCACAAACCACCCUAAACCCACCACAUCCUCCACCUCGUUCUCGUCCUCAUCCUCUUUUCUUACAGGAACCAUCUUUGGCUACAAAAAAGGAAAAGUAAAAUUUUGCAUACAAUCAAACUCAACUUCUCCUAACCCAAUUCUCCUUCUAGAGUUAGCUGUCCCUACAACAAUCUUAGCCCGCGAAAUGCGAAGUGGGUUGUUAAGGAUUGCUCUAGAAUGUUCUUCUGAACAAACUAACUCCUUACUUGAAAUGCCGGUUUGGAAGAUGUAUUGUAAUGGAAAAAGAGUUGGGUUUGCAGUAAAAAGAAAGCCAUCUAAGACAGAUAUGGAGGUUUUAAGGAGGAUGAAAAGUGUUGUUGUUGGAGCUGGAAUUGUUAGUGGCAAAGAAAUUGGUUGUCAAGAAGAUGAUAUCUUGUAUUUAAGAGGAAAUUUUGAGAGAAUUCGUGGAUCGUCUGAUGCUCAAUCUUUUCAUUUGAUUGAUCCUGAUGGCAAUAUUAAUCAAGAUCUUAGCAUCUUUUUUCUUCGAUCUAGAUGAUCGUGGUUUGAUAUGAUCAGUUUAAGUUUUUAGUUGAGUUGGUUUCUUAAUAUGAUAUCAGAGCCAGCGUGAUAAGAGGUCACGGGUUCAUAUCUCAAUCAUAUCUUUUAUUUAAAUUGGAAUAUUUGGCAUCGGAUAUGAGGAUGACCUGUACGUACUGCAUCCAUAUAUACUUUAAUCCUUCAUGAAUCAAAUUUUUAUCAAUCACUAUGCUUAUCCAUGACUCUCGUGUUACGGGUUUGAAGAUGGAGUUUUUGAUCAUGUUUCCUUUGGGUAAAAAAGUUGUUUAGGUUUUGUCCAACAUUUGGUUUUCUUCCAAGAUUUGGUGUUCCUCAAAGUUUGUCCUUAGUUUUUUAGCUGCUAAAGAGGGUAUAAUGGGCUCUUUAGUAGUUGUCAUUUUGGAGAAAUUUUUGUAUGCCAAAUGGGAGCUAUGGCCUUAUGGCUCACACAUGUAUUCACCAGUAUUUUUUUUUAUUGAAGUGUCAACUUGAUAGCUGAUUGCGUGACUUAAUUAGCUUAUGAUUAAUUAAAAAUGAAUAACUUUUUAGAAAAAGUUUACUUCUAAAAUUUAUUAGAUAAAUUAGAUUUGUACUAAAAUAAUUUGGAAUUAA